UCAUAUUGUCGACUGCCGAUUUCAUCAGGGAAUUGUACUCAUUCUCAUCUAUUUCACUUACAUAUUUUCAGGAAGUAUACAAUGCGCACCUAGCCAUGUCCUACGUGCUGUCUCCAUCCACUCUAUCCCCGGUUUCUCAUGCCAACACUCCUGCGACUCCCAGCCUCUCUCCAUCUCCCUCACCAAACACUCAGCACCUCCUGCGUCCCUCCUCUAGUGGCUUGCUAAUACCUACUGACAGGACUCAAGAUGUUUUAGAAACCAAAUGGCUUGGUAUGCUAGGAAGGUUGAGAAUUGAGCGCGAGGUUAUUCUGAAAGGAUAUGCGCUGUACAGUUUGAGAAGCUGGUUUUUGUCAAGGACACACUUUGCGCAUACCAUCGUCACACAUACCGGGAAGCCCAAUGAUCAAAUAUCGGCCUAUUUCCUCGUGCCUUCCCCUGAACUAUCAGAGAGUGAGGGCGAUGAGGAGAUAGCCAACGCCAUUCAGUUUCUUUCGUCCGAGACAAGAUCACAGCCACGUAGAACCGAGCUGGGCUUUUUGUUGGUGACCAGUCCUUCCGCUUUCGGACAGGAUGUAAACCCUGUUCCAGGAGGCGAUUUCAGAGUGGCAAAAUCAUACAUUGUUGUGAACACAGGUUUACGAAGAUUGGGAUGCGGAGGUCGAGCCGUGCUGGGGCUGGAGCCACCCAUAGCGGCUCUACGGAGAAAGUUUCACGACUUGUACCGCGUUCCUGUCCCCGUCCACUCUGGUCCGAUGUUUGUUAGAAAUUCCUCCCCGUCGACGUCGCCUACGCGAAGACCAUCUAUAUCUAUUUCAUCUCACAGCAUACAUUCUACACACCCUCAUGUUUCCCCGCCGUCUUCUAUUCGAUCACCAGUAGCAAAUGGCCAUGACAUAAAUUCGGACCCAUUCACAUAUCUCGUCAUCGAACUGGUCAAACUCAUUCAAGCGGCUUUAGCACUAUGGGGCAUGUUCCAAGACGUAGGAGAAGAUAUGCAUGGACGUUUGAUCGGGCCUGGGAUGGAAGUUGAUGGAUUAUUCUGCGACGAGACGAAGAAUGCCAUCUCCAGGUGGAGAAGGGAAAUGGGGAUGGAGCAUGAAGAAAGCUUGAAGAUUGAGAAGGAGACAUCUGGAGGAUGUAUUGACCCCAAGACGCUAUCUUCACUACUGAGCUCAAUCACCAGCAUUCACUAUCAGUUAGAUGCUCUAGAUGUUGAACGACUUCCAAAAGAUCCCUUCUCAAGUAUUGGACGUACUCUCAAAACAUGGCUCAGCUACCAAGAAAACGUGAAAUCGGGCACGGAUUCUCCAUUUUUCUCCGUUCCUUCUAUCCGAGCUUUGUCUCAACAUUAUCUUUCUGAUCGAUUGCACAAGGGAGACCAUCUGCGGGUACAACGUCUACUCACAGGUGUGGCCCAGACAGCUAGUCAUUUGUCGGCGAAUCUGAAAGGUGGCGGUGGAGAAGAGACUUCGCUUCGUUGGAGGGAACACCACCUUCGUCACCGUCUAGAUGAACAAGAGCUUGAAGAUCCAGGUAUGGUAAUGAUCAUCCCUGACGACGAAAUUGGCAGCAUUGCGCCUCCCGACGCAAUAACAACCCAUCUUGAAGCUUACAUCAAAUGCAUACUAAAAAGUAAGGAGAAAGAGUGGGAUGUCAUGGGCGCAAGGCGUAUAGCAGAGCUAUGGAAUGGGAGUGUUGCAGAUAGCGUUGAAGGGAGAAGAAAACGGCGUGGGACGCUGACACUCGGUAUGGGUAGAAGCGGGAUCCGAGAAAAAGAAAGAAGUGUGCUGCGGAAAAGGACAACGAGUCGGGAUGAUACAAUGAGAGAGGAAGAAGGAGACUUGAAGGGAACGAUCAAAGAGUUUUCUGAACGUGCCGGACAGGCAUUGAGGGGAGGUAUGGGUAUUAUGUCGAGGAAAGGAACGGCCUACGAAACAUCAGAUUCCGAAACUGGAGGGCCUAGCCCUGGUUCUCUAAGGACGACUUUGAUGAGAAAAAAGCAUGGGCCUGUACCGACUGUCAUCGAACCCCCUGCAGAAGAUGAGGAUCACCUCGAACCUUCAUCUGUUUCACCAUCAACAUCCACCCGUCAUUUUUCCGCCCAACUUGCACCAUCUCCUUUCUCCAUUCCCUCCAAGCCUAAUUUGCUUUCCAAUACCUCUCGAACUCUAAGCCGUGCUCCUAGCGCCCGUCCUCCCACUAUCAUUAUACCUUCUGGUAACGAGUCCGACGUAUGGUCUCGUGUCAGUGGCUAUCCUGGCAAGAGUCCUGGGGAAGAACGUUCAGAUUUGGAUCUGGGGCAAAAUCAUGUAAAAAACAAUAGGGCAGGAAAUGUCGGUGGUAGAGGGAUGAGUAAUGCUGUAUCUAGACCGGCGUCUGAAAGGGCGAUAGCGUGGCGGAACAAAGGGCGAUCAACUGUGAUGUUGAGGAGCAGUAGUGACGGCGCAGAUGUGGCUCUAGAUGAGACGGGGAUGGAAUGGGAAGUGCAAAAUCCCCAUGGAACAGGAAAACGGGAGGAGGAAGCGGUCAAACCUGUGGUGAGAAGACAUUCUUUCAAUGAUCUGGAUGAUUACAAGGGUGCUCGAAUGCUGUCACCACAACAUCUUCAGAUAGAUGUGGAGAUGUGUUCGGUCGUCCUGGAAUUACGAGAAAAGGAGCGCCAGCUUGUCCAGAAGGUCAAGGACGUCAAGGCGCUAGAAGAAGCAGUUUACACUGCGGCCUCCCAACUUGCGCAGGCUUCGCGUGCCAGACAUGCUCAUCUUGAAACUCUGAAAUCCCAAGCAGAGAUUUUGUGCGCAUCCCUUCAAGCCUUGAAAACGGAGGAAGAUCCUGAAGAACAGCUACCUUACGAUCGCUUCCAUUACUAUCUAAGUGAGGAAACGCAUCGAGCGGAGUUAUUGGAUGAUUUGGGGAGGUUGAAAGAGAUGUGGGAGAAUGUGAGGAAGGAGGGUGAUGAAAGAAGGAGAACCGUCGAGAGGAAGGAUAUCAAGAAGAGCUGGUGGUUCUGGUAGUCAAGCUUAGCCCAACUGAAUGUAACAUAUUAUUGUAUGGACUAUGUCAUCACGUG